AUGUCAAAAGAUGAAAGAUUGUAUGGCGAGUUGCAACCAGAAGAAAUAGAAGAUGCAGAAAUUAGUCAGAUAAUCUUGACACAACAAGAGUUUUUCUCUAAAGAGUAUUCAGUCCUCAAAACGGGGACAAUAUUACCUCUAAGAAGUAAACUAAUUGGGCUACAACCGUUUAUUGAUGAAGAUGGAGUUCUUCGCAUGAAUGGACAUCUCAAAUAUGCACAUUUCUUACCGCAUGAUGUUCGAAUGCCAAUUAUAUUGCCUCAAAAAAGGUGGGUUACAAAGUUGAUUGUAAAACAACAUCAUGAAAAAGGGCAUCAUGUUGCAGGAGCUAAUCAGACAUUAGCAAGUUUGUCAAAUCGUUUCUGGAUAAUAUCAGCUCGUGAAGAGAUUCAUGAGUGGGAAAAAGAGUGUUCUAAAUGUCGAAGGCGGAAAGCUAGAACUGCAAGACAAGUGAUGGCUCCUCUUCCUAAUAUCAGAUUUAGUCUUAGAGCAUUCAGUCAUUGUGCAGUGGAUUUUGCUGGACCAUUUAUCACCGUUCAAGGCAGAGGAAAACGUAGAGAAAAGUGGUAUCUCUGCUUAUUUACAUGUUUGUCAUCGAGAGAUGUACAUCUUGAAAUGGCUUAUGGAUUAGAUACUGAUUCAUUCCUAAAUGCCGUAUAUCGGAUGACAAGUCGAUGCGGUGUUCCGGAAAAGAUGUCUGACAAUGGAAUUUUUUUUGUAGGAGCUGUAAAAGAACUUCGUGAGCUGGCUGAUAAGUUUGAUAAGGACAAAUUGCUCAAAUCUGCAGCAAAUCGAGGUAUGCAGUGGAAUUUCAAUCCUGCAAGUGCACUCCAUUUUGGUUGGGUCUUUGAGUGUAUGAUCAAGUCUGCAAAACGGGCGAUGUAUCCAAUUUUAAGUAGUGCUGAUGUAACUGAUGAAGAUUUAGUGACAGCGUUUGCAGGAGCAGAAGCAUUGAUUAAUUCGAGGUCGUUGACAUAUCAAAGUGCUCAUCCAGAUGACAAUAUUCCGUUGACACCUAAUCACUUUUUACAUGGUUGUAUUGGUGGACAGUUUGCUCCAGAAUCCGUUGACAAGAGUGAUUUUCAUCCUAGGAAAUGA